GGACCUGUCACCUUGUGAAAACUUCCCUGCUGUUUCGUCUGACGUUACAGUUCUCGAUUUGAGCGGUACCAGUUUUUUAUCAAUGACGAACACUGGAAAAGGAAGUUUCCAAUAUGAGCUGAGAGGUCCAGCAGCGAUGGCGUACUUCGUGUAGUCCGUGAAGCUCAAAGGGCUGCGUUCACCAGUACGUGAAUCGGUAGAAUGGAAAGUGACUGUAGGAUCUCUGUGAAAAGUGUGGUCUUCUACAUGCUCCUGUGGAGCUGGCUGUGUCUCAGAGUGUAUUGUGCACCUGGUUUGAGCAAAGCAAGUACCUCCAUGAUGGAGGCCAUGGCCACUCCCUGCUGGCAGGUGGAGGAGUUUGUGGUAUCAGCAGAGUGUUUCCAGUGUAACACUUUCCAGCAAAAGCUGUGGCGAGAGUGCAGCUCAACAGGGUAUGUUGAGAAGAUCAACUGCACCAAGUCUAACAAGGAUGAGUACAAGAGAGAAACACCUGCUAUGUCUGCGGUUUGGAACCCGCAUCCCAUCCACCGAGGCAGUCUCUUUUUUAAUCCCACACUCACUUUGGCUGUGCUGAGUUCCAGAUCACGCUGAAGAACAAAUGUGGCAAAGCAUCCGAGGGAAGAGCUCCUGUUUUCCCCCCAUCUUGUACAUUUAAACUAUUAUUACUAAUAGUCUUUGCAUGUUGGAUUUUGUGAACUACUUAUCAUGAAAUGUUAUUGUUAACCAAACUAAAAUUGUUUUUAAAAAAUCUCAUUUGUGCAUAACAGAGUAAUCCCUAUUUUGGAGAUAAAAGGCUAAGCCAUUAUCAAAACUUUAUCUCUGAGGAUUGGUGAUUUCACCGUAAGUCUUUAUAUAGAUAACGUACAGUUUGAUACACAGGUAGUCCUAGACUUACCACAUCCUGUAUGUGACCUAGGGGAACCCGGAUUUACGAUAGUCCUCC